CUCACAGACUCGGCCUCCCCUCGACUGCUGGAGCAGACUGAAGGCGUGGAUGCCUCCUGUGUUUACAGGCAAUUCUCUGAUCCUCGCACACUUUGCUACAACAUGUCUGAAGACCAGAUCACCAGCCACAUCCACGGUCAGGGUCAGAGCUGUGAGCGGGGUCGGUGCGAGGCAGGCCGAUAUUUUCUAGGAGCUCCUCCACCAGGCAGGGAGACGUGGUGGGACACCGCCCGCUCCAUCAUACCGCUGAGCAAGAGCUCGCUGGAGAGCUACGAAGACUACGACGGCAGCGUGCCACACAUCACAGCUGUGCACACCCACCACGGCAGGGGCUGGGAUGAGGAUAGCGUGGUCAGCUCACCAGACGGAGGCUCAGCCAGUGACUCAGGGGACCGCUACCGAGCCGACCGCUAUCGCUGCAGUCCACAGGAGCCCAGCAAGAUCGAGACGUUGAUCCGAGCCACGCAGCAGAUGAUCAAGGAAGAAGAAAGUUGCCUGCAGUUACGCAAAGGCCCCGCACCCGAGGCCUCACUGGGGCCAGCAAACGGACUGCCCAAGGGCCCUGGGUCGUGCUUUACGCCCGAGUAUACUCAAGGGCCUCUGCCUUUACAGACCAUGUUGUGUCGAGGUUUAAGUCAGGUGAUCAGCCCCACGCCUAGCCCCGCCCCUCAGUCUAAGCUCAACAGUCCAGGUUCAGAGUGUCUCCAUAAGCCCAAAGACUACCUCCAGACAGAACUGCCCCCCCUUUCUUUGCAGUUACAUCCUUUUGGUCGUGCAGGGGCAUGCUCAGGCUCCCCAACACCAGCUCCGGCCCUCUAUCCCUCCCAUACACACCCGCGGCCCUACCUGGACAAGCAUCCAGCAUAUUCCCUGGCCGGCUACACUCUGGAGCACCUGUAUGACCCAGAGAGCCUCCGGGGCUACUGCACCUCCACCAGCACCGGCUCCACCCCCUACGAUCACUUCCGCAUACCAGCAGAGCAGACCACUGGGCGUAAAGGCACAUCUGUCAUUAUUACUAAUGGAAGCUAACACUUUUCUGACACACAGUCUGUUUAGCUUCUCCACAGGAGAGACUCACCUGCAUCUGUUUUUCACCGUACCAAUGAAUUCCCAGAGAAAGUUCAUUUGGCUGCUUCUAAAAUGUCCGAUUUGAAACAGGAAGCUCUUUGUGCCCGUGGCUCUGCUGGGUCUGUCUGUUUGCUGAAGCUUGGACACUUUUCUCUGGUCCAAUCAGAAUUAGAAAGAACAGAGUUAUGAUUCAAACUGGGAGCAGUUGAUGUGUUUUGUUAGGGUAGUGAGUUUGAUUAAACCCACUCGAGUAUCACACAUAUUUACACACGGCCUUAUAAUCGACUAUGGAUCGAUUUGAUGUCCUUUAAAUGCAGCGCUUCACUCGGUUCACAAACAAACCGAGUGGGCCUGUGAUCUGCGUCUGUUCCCAUUUGAAGGCCUUUAAGUCAAAACUAGAACUCGAUAGAAAACGGAUGGAUUCCCUUUUGGUUUAGCAUCAGAUCCUGUGUCAGUUUCACUCGUCCACAUGGCGAUGUGUUUCUAUCAGAGACAGAACUGAUGUUUUUUUUAUACACACUGUUGGUGAAGACACAUGGCAGGCUUAGGUUGGGUUGGACAUGGAGCAAAGAAAGAAGAAACGAGCUUUAUUGGUCACAAUCACAAAGAGUACAACAUGCAGUGAAACGUCAGAGCUGCAGCCGCGCUGUUCGGCAUGGGGGGCCUAGCCAGGACCCUUACUGGAUACUGGGAGGGAAUCAAACUCGUGACGUCGGCUCCAAAGGUUGUGUGGUCUUACCGCUACACUGUGCAGCUGCCAUGAUGGUUGGUCCUGAAAUGAGAGCGAUCACCUGAAACAAACUAAUAUGCAAAGCCAUUCUCUGUUUUCUCUCCCUUUGUGUUCACGGUCAUGUUGACCUUUGGCGUCUAGUGAGAGCGAUACACACUGAAUACACCUUUGGAGAUAUUUGAUUGGCUGACACAGGAUCAUAUUUGAAUAGCAUCACAGUAAAAUGAGCGAAGGAGGUUUUGUGCUGCGGUUUAGCAAACUCUAAGUUUGGUCUGAGCGCGUGCACAGAACAUAUGAAGUUUCAUUUCCAUGACGUUAAUCAUGAGUGAGUGCAGGGCGAUUGGUGCUCGUGACCAUAUGCAAAACGUUGGUGUGCCCGGUCAGUUAGCUAAAUGGCAUCAUUCAUCAUCCCGGAAGCAACUGUUGUUGCAAUUAUACAUAUUUGCACAACAAGACUGGAGUUUGGUUAUUGCUGAUGAACCUAUAUUUAUACCAGUUUGAUUUUUUUGUUUAGUCACAGCCUGAA